AUGGCGACGCAGUGCUCGGAGUAUCCUGCCACUGCGAACGCGCCCACGGCGGCAGCAGCAGCAAAUACGGAAGAAUCCCGCUUGCUGAACCUGCCGUACGAAAUCCGCCUGCAAAUAUACGGCUGGGUACACGCCAUGCACCCCAUCCAACACGCUCAGCUGGCCCCGUGGUACCCGACUCCGACGUAUAGUGCGUACCACCUCAAACUCAUCAAGCCAGGAGAAGGAACUGAGGGACCCGCCGUGCGAGGGAAAGGAACCGCCGACGCCGACGACACCCGUGACCGAAAGGACGCGACCAUCACCGCCAACGGUACCGACGACAACGAAGAGCCCCUCCUCUCCCCCCACCGGCCCCUCUGCGGCCUCCCCUCGGCGCUCCUCCGGACGUCGCGGCAGGUGUACGAGGAGUGCCGGACGAUCCCGAUGCAGACCAACGAGUUCGUCUUCGUGAACUGGUUCUCGUCGGGGCUGUGGGCGGCGCGGGCGUUCACGCGGGGUCUCAAGGGGUGGCAGCGGGACUCGAUGCGGUUCACGCGUCUGGAGAUGCUGGGGCGGGACUUCACGGGCCCGGCGCUGCGGGAGUGGGUGGAGCUCUGCGCGUGCUGGGCGUCCGGGCUCCGGGGCCUGAGGCUCAAGAUCCUGAUCGGAGGUGGGAUAUUCGAGCCCACUGCUACCUUUGCCGCGCUGAACAACAACGCAGAAGCCCAGGCCAUGGACAUCUCGCGCUUCCCCGAACCGAGGCCCGAGUGGAUCGAGGAGGGGCUGAGGAAGAUGGGUUGCCUGAGGAGGCUCGAGGUCGAGCUGAGCGUGCUGGACUGGGACGACGAGCAGAAGAUCGAGUGGUGCAACAGUCUUGAGGGGAUCCUGAAUGAGGGCCGCGAGAGGGAGAGGUGGGUGAAGGUUAGAUUCCUCAACCAGGGGAUCGUUCUUUCUCAUUUCAAAGACCCAUCAGAACAAGGACUUGCCUACAAUCCUUUCACCCACUCAAUCAAGAUGUGUGGUCACGUCAUGAGAGGCCGCUUCGCUCAGCGCUGCGCUGAGUGCAUCGACAUUGACUACUCGACCGCCUGGUCUCCCCAGGUCCGCAUCUGUGUUCUGAUUCUUAUCACCGUCCUCUCCAUGCGCCUGAACCCCCCCUUCAACAACUUCGUCAAGCGCGUUAUGUGGAUGGUUGUCAAGCCCUUCGCCCUCCUGGUCGGCUACCUCUUUGUCGCCUUCAUCUGCGCCAUGCUCUUCAUCUUCAUCGAUGGCCCCAAGAUGUUUAGCAACUGGACCAAGAGCAACAACAACCAGGGCCCUCUCAACCCCCUCAACACCAUGGACGUUGACAACAACACCAAGCUCAACUGCGUCAUGGUCCGCCUCCACGCCACCGCAGCCAAGGCCUGGGUUGCUGGUGAGGGUGGCGUCUUCGACAAGAAGUACAAGCCCUUCCUCGCCGCCGACGACAUGAACUUCGCUGGCCCCCGCCAGAAGAAGGCCAUGACCCGCAAGCGCAACCUCUCUUGCUGA